UUAAAAUUAAAAUAUUAUUUUUUGUGAAAACAAAUAGUAUUUAUUUCUUCAUGUUCUUUCGUUGUUUCCUUCUUCAUUCUUCACUUUCAAAUACCAGCAAUGAAUAGUGCCGCCAUUGAUUCAAUCGAAGAAAACGGACAAGGAAGCGAUUCGGAUACGAACUCGGACGACACGCCUGAAUACUACCAGCCGAUAUCCGCGGUCGACGACGAUGGAAGCUCGGAUGGAGAACACGGCAUGGAGUUCCAGCAACUUCCGAACGGGUACCGUGUGCACAGUGGAUCGGAGAACGGGAUCUCGAUGCUGGAUCUAAACGACGGCGUAGAGCAGAAGAGCAGCGAUGAGGAAGAAGAGGAGGAAAGAAGCAGAGAGGAAUUUGAAGAUGAGAUUCGGAGAGCGUUAAGGGAAGAUGAGAAUCGAAGGAACGCGCCGUUGACGGCGGAGAACGCGACGAGGGUGAUGGAAGCGAUGCGUGACGUGUCGUUUGUUGGAGAGGUUCCUCAAUGGGUUUCACAAGUUUCUGAGGAUCGUUGGAUUGAUCAAAUUCGCAGACGGAGACAAUCACCAAACACUUGAACUUAAAUGCAAAAAUUGAAUAUGCAGAAAUGCUAUUUUUUCCUUCUUUUUAGUUGAGUUUGUCUCCGUUUUACUUGUUACUCAUUUCAAUAUUUUUAUGUUUGGGAAGAAAAUGAUGCAAAUCGUAAUUUCUCAUUUCUGUUUUGGUAA